AGCCACGGGGCGACGUUAUAGCAGAAUCGACCUUAUGUAAAAUCGUAGAACGGAUAUUAGUCAUACAGUGCGUCGAAUCCACCUGCCAAAGAAAUUAACUACCUUAAUUGAUUUAAAGCAGUUUAAGAUACCCGUCACUUGCCAAACUCUCGCUAUAAAACGUAGUUGGUACUCAAGGGUUGUCACGAAGACGCAACAGCAGCGAGGUGGAGGCGCUGCAAGGCAGAACAGAAGCGUGGCGGGAAACCGAGGACGCUUUCCAUUUUGCGCACGCUUUUACGCUGUUUGGAGAGGACAGCAUUCUGUCAGGUGAAACGCUGCGGGAGCGCCGAGUACACGGAUUCCUAGAUCGACAAAGAGCAUUAACGGCGGCUCGAGUCGCACUCCUUCACGCAGAUUAUUACCGUUCCUUAGAUAUAUCGCGCUAUUUCACGAACUUGCGCACAGGCUCCUGACGCGCGUUCCGAGCUCGGGGAAACCGGACUCUAAGGUGAAUCUGUUGCACGCCACCGACCGCGGCACCAUGAAAUCACUGCUCUCUCUUACGGUCGUUUGCCUCGUUCUUGCACAAGUCUUUUGUGAAGAAAUGAGCUCAAAAGAUGAUUUGAAUUACUGGACGGGCAGCAAUGAAGUGCAGGACGAGUGGCUCUCCGCUGACCCGUUUAAGGAGAUUUUGAGACGGAUGACGCGGAAACCUCGACCGCAUCAGUUCUUCGGCCUAAUGGGGAAGCGGUCCUCCGGUACGAACGUUUUAACCAAUGCACAGAUAACCCGCAAAAGACACAAACUGAACUCUUUUGUGGGACUGAUGGGAAAAAGAAGCCAGGAGGAACCAGGUUCGUACGAGUGGAGCACAAUACUGAAUUAUGAUCAACGGCGCUGAAACAGUCGCAGCCGAAGGGGAGAGACGUGUGCCUGGCUUCUUUUAUUUUGUUUUUUUUUAAAGGUAUUACUUCAAACUGUUGAUCGAAGUUGUAGGGGUUAAUAAACGUUCUGUUUCCACACCGUGGCAAUGCUA